AUGGAGGCACCGUGGACUGAGGUCGUAAACAGGAAAAAGAACAAGACCAGCGCGACCAGAACCCCGGCGCCGCGGCAACCGGCAAAACGCCCCGAGCCGAAGCUCCGGCCGCCGAAGUCAGCCGCAGUCACCAUCUCGCUGACACCUGCGGCCAUUGAGAAAGGCCUUACCUACGCUGGGGUGCUAACAAACGCCCAACAGCGAGUGGACCUUAGUGGCCUCAAUAUAGACAGGCUCAAGCCGAAAUACGCGGCAACGGGGGCCAUGCUUUACGAGGUCCCAGGAGCCGAAUCGGAACAGAAGGCCGAUGCCCUAGCCGCCAGGCUGAGGGAAUGUUUCGCGACCGAGGACGUCAUCGUGUCCCGGCCUACAAAGUGCUCGGAGCUGCGUAUCUCGGGGCUGGACUUCGCGGCCACCUCAGAGACGGUCCAGGCGGCCCUCUGCAGUGCCGGAGAGUGCGCUGCGGAGUCAAUUAAAGUGGGGCAGAUUCGACCAGACAGGUCGGGCAUGGGAGCCGUCUGGGCCAAAGUGCCCACUAGGGCGGCGAAGAAAAUAAAGGCGGCCCGCGUGAAAAUAGGAUGGGUCGUAGCCAGGGUGACCGUGCUCGAGGCGCGCCCUAUGCGGUGUUACCGCUGCCUCGAGCAGGGUCACGUUAGGAACGUGUGCGACUGCCCCACAGACCGCAGCGGACUAUGCUAUCGCUGCGGAAAGCCGGGACACAAGGCCCGGGAGUGCCAAGAGACGCCGAACUGCACCCUGUGUGCCGCUAAUGGCAAACCUGCCGGGCAUCGAAUUGGGGGGAAGGCGUGUUCUGCCUCCUCCUCCCGCAAAUCACGGCGUCGCCCACGUAGGAGACCGCCUGCCGCUGAGGUUCUGUCCCAGCCGCAGGCGGCGAGCCCACCGCAACAAGUGCAGUUGGCCGAGAUGGAUGUUGAGGAGAUCGUCCAUCAAUAA